GAACAGAGCACAUACUCCAGGAGAGCACCAGGAAGCAACCAGGUUUUUUUCCCAGACUACCUACAAGAUUACAUUACAACCACAGGUUUCUGCAAUAUUCACUAAGGAAACAACUCCUCAUCACUCGAAACAACCUCAAAGACCUGAGAUCAUUGACAGUGCUUACAAAAUACUCAGCCACCAGCAAGACAUGGGUGUUCUCUACAGUAAUUGAUACUCACUUGCUGUCUGUUACGUGGGAGUUUUCCUUAAGACAGACACCUGCCUCACCUAGUAGUCUGCUCUCAGGAAUGACCCCAUCAUGACGGCUGUGUGUGUCAAUCAUCUUGCAUGACAUAACACGAGCAGCUGAUCAUUACUGGUUCGAAACCAUGUCACAAAACAAGUGAUCAUCGACCCACUUGUGUCUGUUGAGAGCCGAUACUUUUCACGAUCAGUGAGUUGCACACAACUUGAAUGUUUUCCUCCAAGAAGGACACGCUUCCUUCUCCGAGUCUGGAGGAUUCCUUCUUCCCCUUCUCCUCCUCUUCCUCCACAUCCUCGUCAUCCUCCGCCAAACGGACGAUGGCCCCCGGACUGGCCCCCGAGGGCCUCUCUGAGCUGGCCCAGGAGGAGGAGGACAGCAACCCGGCGCUGAUGGAGAGCGACCUGAUACUGGCGGCCGAGCUGGGCCAGGCGCUGCUGGAGAGAAACGAGGAGCUCAACGCCCAGCUCGAACUCAAGGAGAAGGAGGUGGAGGCGGUGCAGCAGGAGAAGCACGUGCUCCAGCGGCGCGUGGAGGCGCGGGAGAUGGAGUUUGUCCAGCGGGAGGCCGAGCUGCAGGCGGACCUGGCGGCCCUGCGUAGGCAGCUGGACCAGCAGCACAGCCAGGGCAGAGACCGCCGCCGAGAGGAGAGCCAGCAGCUCACGCAGCUCUCCAACCACAACCAGAAACUGGUGGAGCAGCUGGCCGAGUCCGUGUCACUGGAGCAUUCUCUCCGCUCCGAGCUGCGUCUCCUGAGGGAGGAGAUGGAGGAGGACAGUUUCAGCCGCUCCAUUAGUUCAGCGAGGGUGGACAGUCUCCAAGCAGAGAACCGAGUGCUGCAGGAACGCUACACAAACCUCGACAAGCGUCUGAAGUCCACACAGGACGAUAACGACCGCCUGCGGUCGGAGAGGGACAUGAUGAGAGAGAGGGUGAUGGAGCUCCAGAGCAGUCUCAGGGAUAAGGAGGCGGAGCUGGAGCUGGAGCACAGCACGGUGUUCCAGCUGCACACCCUGAACCACACGCUGCAGCAGCGGGUGACGGCCCUGGGGGAGGAGGCCAGCCUGGGAGUGACCACCGCCUUCCCCUUGUCCCUGCAGAGCGAGAUACAGCAGUGCCAGGCCAAAGAAGCCCUCCUGGCUCACUCCGAGGUCCUCCAGUCGCAAGGGGCUGAACUCCAGAGACUGCAGCAAGAGCUCCAGAGUAAAGAUGAGGAACUGCUGGCCUUACGGGCAGAGGUGAAGCCAUUCAGAAACAGCCCUGGGAAACCCAGCUACAGUGCUCUGGAGGAGGAGCUGUUGAAGACGCGGCAAGACCGAGACUCCCUCAACCUGCAGCUGCUGAGCACCAUCAAACACAAGGUGGCACUGUCUCAAGAGGUGGAUGCCUGGCAGGAGGACAUGCGACUAGUUAUCUCUCAACAGGUCCAACUGCAAGAAGAGGAGCGGCAGAAGAAGGCCUCUGCUCUCCAGAGAGGGUCUCGCACCACCAAGUCCCUGAGGCUGCGGGGAGAAGAUGGGAAGCGAGAGAACUUUUUCACCUCCCUUUUCAAAGGGAAUCAACCCACGCAAUAAUGGGAUAUUCACAUCCCACUUGUAUAGCUGUACAUAACAUUUUUAAAAUAUAAACUGUAAAUAGAAAGACACCUAUUAAAUACUUUUAAGACUU